AUGCCAGAUAUUAUUUGUAACAAAUCAAAUAUUUCGCCAUCUAAAAAUGACCCCAAAACUAUUCCUUAUAUUGAUGUUCCAACUGCUGAAGAAUUUACUAACGAAGGUCUAGAAUAUGUUACAGAACAUACGAUAGAAACAAUAUUUUCUGCCUCAGCGUCAAAUCAAGAAAUUCACCCAAAAACUAAUACUGUUACUUCUUCAAAUGAUAGCUGUGCUAAAUAUUUAAGAAAAGAUUCAUGCUCUAGCUCAAUAGCCAUUGAAGAAGACAGAGAAGACGAAGAAGAAGAUGAAGAUGAAGAUGAAGAUGAAAGAAAUAGUCCAUAUUUCAGAUGGUAUACAGAAAACUUAAAAUUACAUUCUGAAUUCAAGUGGUAUCAAAGACCAACAACAUCAAUGUUGUAUUUUUUGUUAGCACUGGAAAUUUUAACUAAUUUCAUUACAUUAAGCCCAACUAUUAUACUUUUGACCGAGAAAAUUUGCGACAACAUUCAUAAAGAUUCUACAACAGAAAUAUGCGACGAAAGCAUUGCCCAAAAGGAACUAUCACAGAUACAGGCAAUUGGUACAAUAUUAACAGGGGUCAUUGGAUUUUUAGUUUCAGGAAAAAUGGGCGAAUUAAGUGAUCGAUAUGGUAGAAUAUUUAUUUUUAGAAUAAUUGCUGUAUUCGGUGUGUUACAACCUUUAUUGUCUAUAUUAUUUUUUCAACCAUGGGUUAAAUACAACAGAUAUGCAGCUAUAAUUGCCACAUCAAUUGGGUACUUUGCUGGCGGCAUACAUGCACUAAUUGCCAAUAGUAAUAGCUAUAUAAGUGAUAUUGUCCCACCCAAGGAAAGGACAAUUGCUAUAAGUAUUUUGAUGAGUAUUAUUUAUGGUUCAAUUGGUGCUGGUCCAUUAUUAGGCUCAACACUAAUUAAAAUCUCUGGUAACAAUAAUAUGAUGUCAUUUUAUGCUAGUUUAUUAUUUGGUGCCAUUUUUUUGAUAUUUGUUCAAUUUUUUGUCAAAGAAAGUAGACACCAUGAAGCCAGAAGAUUAUCGCAACAUGAAUAUGAGGAAAACAUUGCAAGUAAAGGUAUAAAGACACAGCAUAACCUAAUAUUUCGCAACAGUACAAGUGCUAAUAUCACCCCUUUUAAAGAAAGAAUCAAACAAUUAUUUAGUAUAUUCAGUCCAUUAAAAAGAUUAUGGAUACCUAGGACUUGUGCCGGUUCAUUAAUUCCCAGGUAUAAUGUUUUGUUGCUAAUGAUUAUAGAUGUUUUGUUUCUCUUUAGCACCGUUGCAGUGACUCCUGUGAUAGUUUUAUACAGUAUCUAUACUUAUCAUUGGGAUAGUGUUAAAUUGGGUUAUUUCAUUAGUAUUGUUGGUUUAGGUAGAGCUUUAAUUCUAUUGUUUUUUGCUCCUUUUUUGAUUAAAUUUUUAAGAGAUAAGUUGAAAUUCAGUAUUUUAACCAAUUCUAUUGAUACAAUUGAUAAAAUAUGUAUAGUUUGCUCAAGUGUAUUUUUGAUUUUAUCUAUAACCGCUUUAUUGGUGAUUAAAAGUGAAAUUGGUGUAUUUUUAUACGCAUUUUUACAGGUUUUCAGUGCUAUGAUUUCCCCAACAAUUCAAGCCAUUAUAUUGAAAUAUUCUUCGAAAAAACAUAGCGGUGGCGUAUUUGGUGCAAUUGCGUUAGUGAGACAUCUAGAUACUCUAAUUGGUCCACCUAUUUUCUUAAAAAUUUAUGCUUUGACUAUUGAUAAGAACCCUAUUUUUUUUAUUUAUUUACCAUUUGCCUUUUCCAUCUUAUUAUUUGCUCUAACUUUAUUUUUGAAAAUUGUCUACGAUCCUGCUUUACUAAGACGUCCAUCUCAAGUUGCAUUGCUUUCUAGCGGUACCGACAACUAUAGUACGGAUGCUAAUAUUAAUUUUGGUGGCACUGGUCGGAUAAACAUCAAUCACGGCUCCAAUAACUUCCAAACCGACUAUGGUAGCACUGCUAGUAACAAGAAGACAACUUCUUCAAAUGGAGACUAUCCUUCAAUAAUGGCAAGAAGACCAUCUGUAUUGAAUAGUAGUGAUUAG